CCUUUAUGUUGUCUAUAGGGAAUUAUUUUGAGUUUGAUAGAGGGAAAAGCGAAAUGUCAAUCAAAGAAACAACUCAUUACGUUACCUACCACUUAGUUAUUUUGUAAUAUUGCGAAAUAUCCAAGUAUCUAGUUUGUGCGAAAUAAACAAAAGCCAGCGAGAAACUAGCGUAUAUAUGUAAAAGUUUCACAGUAUUUUUUAGUAUAUUACCUUAUGACGUUGAUCACUAUUCACUAGUUCUUUCUUUACUCCCAAGCUAUGAAGGCGAUAAACAAAAAGGUUCCCGGUUUAUUGCCUGCCCCGCCAAAAAGCGAAGUAGACGGCAAAAUCACUGACUUAACAUCGAAGACCGUAUCAGAGUUGUGUGAGUUGCGAGAUAGGCAGUUGAAACUAUUAAACAAUAAACCCUUUAUAUCUAAACUGCCUGAUAAAGGAGCUAAAAUUCAAGCUUUUCAUGAUAAAAUUAUUACUGAACUGAAGGCCAAACAGGAUGAGGAACAAACUUGUAUUAUGUUCGACAAGUUGAAACUCUCUGGUGUUGACAAAAAUAAUGUGCAACAGGUUGAAUGGGUUGGCAAAAUCGACGAUAAAAAAGAAACAUAUCUAGACUCUGAUGACGACAGUGAACCAGAGGAUGUAUUACAUAUUCUCAGCCAAAACACAGUGCUAGAAAAACAAGUAAAAGUAUUAACACCUGAAAAGCCUCUGAUAACCAAUGAAGACUUAUUAAAAAUUGGUGAAUUACCCCAUGUAAAGUAUAUAGUAGAAAAAACUGAGGUUCAACCAAAACCUAAACCUACAGGUCAAUUCAAACCUUAUAAGACAACAAUAACCAAUGCUCAUAAUCCAGAAAAGGAGGUUUUGAGGAAAAAGCAUAAACAUUGGGAGGUUACCGCUGCAACGCCACCUCCAAGUGUCUAUGGCCCAGCUAAAGUAUUGUCUAUAGAAGAAUCUUUGAAACUCCAAAAAGAAUACAAUAGUCAUUUGAAAGAAAUAGAGGCACAACAUGCUGCUGAGAAACUGUUGGCCCGAUCCGGAAUCAAGAUGGCCGAGUUACCAGUAGAUAGAAGUACUUUUGGAAAAUAUAGAGAGGUGAAUAGUGAUGAUUCUGAUGUAUCGGACGCAGAAGGCAGUGAUAAAGAGGUACAUGAUGAGGAACCAGAGAGAGGAGGCGUUAUUUUUACAGUCAUGAAUUAAUUGAAACACACUUGCUGUUGAAGGAUUCAAGAUUCAAGAUUGUUUUGUAAAACAUAUGUAAAUAAUGCUAAUUUAAUAAGAGAAUAAAGUAUUUUUAAUAA